AAUUAUUAUUGAAAUGAUCAAUUUGUAAAUAUAAUCUUUAACACAUUGACUGCCACAUGAGUUAAAUGCAACUCGCACAAUGCCAUGAUCCGAGCGUCAUGUGAGUUACAUAUAACUUCAUGUUAGGUUUGGUUUUGAAGUCGCGCGACUGAUGUGGUCUGACGUGGUAGUCAACAUAUUAAGAGAAGUCUUAAGUGUGCAGUUCUUCAAACAAAUUUGUCUUGUGUAUUUAUUUAUUAUGUUCUGCAGUUUAAUCCCUUUGGCGCAAACAUGUCAAAACCAAGAAAACGCAAGUUAUAUAGUCAUCAGCAUAGAAAUAGACUUGUAAGACAUGCAAUACACGAUUUUGAAGUUAAUAAUAUGCAAAUCUUUGAUCCUGAUGAACUGGAUUAUUUAGCUGAACCUGACACGGCACAGUCAAACACUGUCAAUUAUAGACAGUUGCAACAAAACUUAGAUUCUUCGUUCAAGUUACACGAAAAAAAUACAUGUUAUCAAUUAAUACAACGAGAAGUAGUAGUAGAAGAAGAAAAAAUAGAAGAGGAGGAAGAAGUUAAUGUAAUUGAACCUGGCAUACCAUCAGAUGAUUAUGAUAGUAAAGCUUCAGUUGAGUCAGAACACGAAAUCAAUAAUGGAAUUAACAUCACUAGAUUACAACAAAAUUUAGUGCAAUGGAUUCAGGACAACAAUAUAUGUAUAUCCGCCGUAACUAAUCUUUUGCGUAUAUUAAAGACGCAUACCUGAAGAAAUACAUUUGUCUGUUAAUGUAGAUGGAUUACCGCUUGUAAAAAGUUCCAAGAGCCAACUGUGGACCAUUCUUGUAAGUUUUCGUAACUUUGUCAACAAGACACCUUUUCUGGUUGGAACAUUUCACGGAUUUGAAAAGCCACCAGCUGCUGCUAUAUUUUUACACGACUUUGUUGAAGAAGCUCAAAAACUAAUACAAAAUGGCUUCAAUUGGAAAGGCAAUAAUAUGAAAUUUUUUAUCGCUAACUUCAUAUGUGAUGCGCCUGCAAAGGCUUAUAUUUCUUGCACAAAAGGCCACAGCGGAUAUUAUGGAUGUCCCAAAUGUGAAACUAAAGGCAUCUACAAAGGAAAAAUAGUGUUUCCAGAAAUGAAUGCUCCAUUGCGUACCACUGAAUCAUUUGUCAAUCAAACUCAGAAACAACAUCACAGUGGAGUAAGUCCUUUAUUAAAUAUUAUCACGGACAUGAUUUUGGACAUACCUCACGACUAUAUGCAUUUAAUUUUAUUGGGGCAAACGAAAAAAAUGCUAAAGCUGAUGACAGGAAAACUAAAUCCAACGAAACUAGGAGCGCAACAAGUUAAUGAUAUUUCAGAGAGACAGAUUGCUUUAAGAAAGCAUAUCCCGUUUGAUUUUGCUCGGAAACCAAGAGCAUUAGAUGAGCUUGAUCGUAUGAAAGCGACUGAAUAUCGAGAAUUUACCUUAUACACUGGACCAAUCGUAUUGCGUAAAAUUAUACGACAGGAUGUAUAUGAACAUUUUCUUAAACUGUUUGUCGCAAUACGUAUCUUAGCAACGCCUGGAAUAAAUGUGGAACAAAACAGAGAUGACUUCAAAACUUUGCAACAUCUAUUUUAUGGAAGAAGAAGUUGUACCAAAUUUCUGGAUUAGGGAACCAGUUGGAACAUCUCAAUGGCAGUGGCCCCAUGCACCAUUUGUAGCAAAGAGUAUCAUUCCAAGAACAAUUCCUCAUCAAAAUUGGCCAAUCUACAAGUGCAGAGUUCUCGGCACAUUUGAAAUGACUUCAAAAUUUUGCAUCAUUUAUUUUAUGGAAGAAGAAACUGUAGAAGUUGUACCGGAUUUCUGGAUUAGGGAAUCAGGUGGAACAUUUCAAUGUCAGUGGCCCAAUACAUCUUUUCCAGCAAAGAAUGUCGUUCGAAGGACAAUUCCUCAUCAAAAUUGGCCAACCUACAAGUGCAGAGUUCUCGGCACAUUUGAUGCAGAAAUUUCAUCAGAUUUCCCGUCGAAAAAUGUUAAAAUACUUGGUAAACGAUUACAUAAACGUAAUCCCCGAUAUUUUGAUGACGAUGAUUCAUCGAGCAGUACUCAUGAUGCAGUAAACACUAAAAAGAAAAGAAAAGGUUUUUUGUAUAGUUCGGCUACCAAGCCUUCCACAUAUGUAUCAGAUUCAAGCAGUUCAUCAAACGAAGAAAAAGAAAAUAGAGAACCUCAAAAAUCAAAUGUUCAAUUACCCAAAGCUUUCGAAGAUAAAUAUAAACGAGUUCAGAAGGCAAUUCUUAAUGAAGCAUCGACAAAAAGGAGUGUAACUUUAUCUACAAAGUUACCUUUUUCAUCACCACAAAAUCACCGUAAAGACGAUGAAGACAAUACUCGUCUAGGAUGCAGCAUGUGGGAUAAUCUUCAAAGAGAAAAACGAGCGGAACCGUUGACUACUAAAAUAAAAUUUCAGUCAACAUGUAUCGGUGAAACUGAUGCAAGAGGAUGAAAAUGUUGCAAAAGAUGUAUUGGAUGAGGAGCAUGUGUCAUUAAGUAAUAAUUUAGAAACCGAAAUACAGGGAACAAAAAAUCUUGGAGAUGCUGCAUUCAAUCAGCAUGAGGCAAUGCUAACUCAGGUUAUUAAUGAUGAAAAUGAUGGUUAUUAUGAGCAAUAUACUAUAUAUCCAUUAUAUGAAAAGAGAACAAAUAAAACUGCAACAGCUUUAUAUCAAAUGUUAAAAGUCUAUGAUUUACCUUUGGAUAAUCGUGAGAAAUGUUUGGAUUUGUUAUGUUUUCCAGAUUUAUAUUCUUUUGGUAUUAAUGGA